AUGGUCCACAGUGACAUCGAAGAGGAGGACUCCAGUGAUGACGAGCAGAACGAUGGCUUCCAAGAGAGGCUGAUCAUGUCUGUGGCCCUGUUGACGGCCGUGUCCCUGAUCAGUGCCACCGUGAUGGCAGUGGUGCAGCUGCUGCAGCUCGAGGAGCGCAAGCCCGGAGCCGAGGCGCGAGCGAACGCAACCACGGACGUCUCCGACUGGACUCUGGCGGCCGCUGCGUCUCCAUGGCGACCCGUGCACUACGACCUGCUGCUGCACCCUUCUAUCAAGAACAACACCUACGAGGGAUACGUGAACGCAGUCUUCGAAAUCCAGCACAACGCACGACAGGCGAGUGCCCGGGUCACAAACGGCCUUUUUUUUGCGACCGUAUGUGCGAAUAAGAAUGGCGGUGUGGGCGAGUUGGUUUACGUUCGUGGUGAAGACGAGCAGCGCGAAGCACAGAAUUGUGGAAGGACAGGCGAGGGAGGACUGAGGAAGCGAAACAGCCGUUUUGACAGCAUUUAA